CAUCAUUGAAUGCUGUAUUGUACAUAAGUCCCAGUCCCAAUCCCUUCUGCGGACAACGUGGAAACCCGUGACUACUACUGUGUAGGGAAGCCACAGAACUUCCUCGACGCCAGCUGACACCACCACUGACACCACCACUGACCAACAACCUUCACUUCGAAGCACACUCAUUUACCUUCAUCCAUUUUUAUUCGUCCCUUGUCAGAUAACACCCUACUUUGUUUUUCUUGAUGAUCUUUCAAAUCUUGUGAGAUUAGAAUACUCGCCAUGCCCGUUUUCUUUGUGGACGGAAAGCAGUACAGAGUCCCCUUCAAGACCCUGUUCAAAGGCAACAAAACCAUCUGCGACCAGAUAAUAGCCGAUCAGCGCGCAAGUACUGUUCUACCAGAGGUCACCCUGGAACAAGCCACGGCCACCCGAGCUUCGAACGCAGCAUCUACCAAUGACCAGACAGAUCAAGGUUAUCGUCUAUGGACAGCGAGGGAAGACCGACUGCUCCGAGAACUUGUCGCUUUCCGGGUGCCAUGGAGCCGCAUAUCCAUCUCAUUGGGGAACAGACCUAUAGAGGAAGUUAAGAAACGUUGGGACUAUCUUCGCAGUGGAAGGGUCCAGAGUCCCGAAGUUGGGGUCGAUGGCGUGUUCUCGACCGACGGGAUUGCCUUUGGCAACCCGCAUUUGAAGAAAUUCGCUCGAACCACCCAGCCUGAACCCAAACCAGAGCGUCACGUUUCAUUUGCCGACCCACUUGUCACAGCAGGAGAUACUGAUGACGAAGAAGAGGAAGAAGAAGAAGAAAACGGCGCCUCCCAUCCACCGACGACCAAGAAAGUGUAUUAUGUCGACGAGGAAUUCUCACUGGAGGACGUGGUCAUGUUGCACAACAUCGCGGCUAAAUGGGAACGAGACCGAUGGCUGGCCAUCAGCACCCGAUUCAACGACAUAACCCAGCGGAAAAUCACACCCGAACAAGCCAAAUCGGUGGUCAACAAUUGAGCAUUCUGGAGUCGCACCCUUUUCCCCAAGAAACCCCCGAGAAAGAAAUUGUCAGCAUUGUGGAUAUCUUUUGCGCACUCGUUCAGUAUCGUAACCCCGGUUCGUGCACCUUGUCACAAAGUUUUGUUCGAUUCAAUGCGAUGAAUCGGGUGGCAAAAGAAAGGGAGCGCCGAGUCCGCCGACGAGGGACUUUUCACUUUUUGUUCACCCACAGUUAGCAUCCAGGGUUCGGACGAGCGCGUACUUGUUGCCGGAGUUUGUGACAUCACAACUUGCAAUACCCUGAGUAUCCAUACGCUGUACUUUGGUCAAUAUGAGCAGAGGAGAAAUCAUCCCCUUUGCCAUCAGACCUGGAAGUGCUCCUGCAUAAAGGGGGAUAUGAGUUUUCUAAAAAAGAUUUAAUUUUUUAGUAGUGUUAGUCUAUUAAUAAAAUGAGAGCAGCCACAAGGAUUAUUAUCAUGGAUCUAUUAGAUAGCAAAUAGGAUAGUAGCAUUAGCC